GGGGGGUGCUCCUCGGCUCAGGAUGCGGGCCUAGUAGUGCCGCCGCCGGGACUCUCCCACAUCCGCUGUCAAAAACCCGGGAUUUGCCUCAUUUGGGGGGCAAAAUGAAGGCGAGGAGACUCUCCCUGAUGGUGGUCGACAUCGGAAUGGGAGGAACGAUGCCAGCAUGAGUGGGCCACAUGCAGGCCCAAGCCAGACCUCGAGCUACACUUUGACGGCUGCCCGUGACCUCUCCCACAACAAUAACCCCCGCCCGACAAUGUCCGCCGCCUCCUCCCUGCAACGUGUCUACGGCUUUGCGCAACGGGACCCGUCCCCCCCGUCCUCCACCUACAGCCCCCUAAGGAGACUGCAGCAUCUCACCACCAUGGUCAGCCAGCCUGACCUGGUCCUGCCGGCCCAGCCGGUUAAGAGCUGGGAGUGGGCCUCGAGUCAGAAGGAGCCGGAGCAGGACUCCUGGGACGGUUGCAGGGAUUAUUGUGGUGCCCCCCUCGCAAGGAGAGAUGAGAAACAACCCGAAGUCCAACGCGAUGGAUCUAAAGAUGCGCCGUCAGCUAGCUGUAGCAGUCCUAGCACGUCUGAGAGGAAAACCGACGGUUGUUUCUCGUGUCCUCCGAGUCCAGCCUUCUCUCUGGAUAGCAACAGCCCGUUUGCAAAUGGCCUACUUCACUUUGAGUCGUCCUUGUUCGAAGAUGAGGACAACCACGAUGAAGAGCAGCAGGAGACUUUCCCCACCAUUACAGACUCGUACAACAAACACGAAACAGCAGGGAAUGAGAUCCAAUCCAUCCCUGCAGACUCCAAGGAUACAAAGGUUUCAUCAGCAAAGGUCAUCACUCGAUCCCAGUCGUCAGGGGUGCGACGAAGGUACUGGGAUGGUUCCGAGGAUGAAUGGGAAAGCGACACCGAGCUCUUUCUGUUCGGAGAUAGCCCCUCCAGGCAUUUUAAGAGUGACCUGAAAAGAACUUCCGUGCCACCUGUGAAAUUUUUAGAGGGCGAACUCAUUUGGGCAAAGUUCAACCGACGGCCGUGGUGGCCCUGCGAGGUGAUCGUUGACCCUGCGUUAGGAGUCUAUCACAGGGUCAAAGAGCCCAGCGAUCGUCCCUGUCGCCUCUACCAUGUCAGGACAUUUGGGGAGCCAGAGGAGCAAGCCUGGGUGGAAGAUAAAUCAACUCAUAUCUUCCAUGGAGGCUUUCAGUUCGAACAGCUUGCUCAACUGCGUCGGAAGGGAAAGCAAAGGGCGCACAACCACAAAUACACUAUUGCUAAACGCUUUGAGGCGUCUUGGCAGUCCAGUGUGGAUGAAGCUGAAAUUAUUCUCCAGCAGAGACCCAACAUAGUCUCUUUGUCCAUAGACGAUGCCUUCCAGGACAGUUCCUCGGCAGUAAAAAAGGCCUGUCCUCCGGGUUCUCUUUCCAUGUUGCCCGUCUCCAAUCUUCCAGAAAUUUCGCACACGAUAAGUGGAUCACUAACUUCCCUGACGGCAUCAUCCCCAGUAGAAACACAAACUACGCAUGGCACUUUAAAAAAAUCAUCUGGCAUGAGGAAAGAAGGUGACUCAUCAAAAAAGUCAAAAAAGAUCCCAUGUAAAAAUCCAUCAGAUAGGAAUGUAGAGUGCCCUUAUUCAGAUCUUGACUCUGUCCCUAAGAUUUUGUGUCCUAAAGCACUUGAACGUCAGUCUAAAUUGACUCAACCAGCGGCUAAUGUCGCCAAGGAGGAAAAGAAACAACCUGAGAUGCAAAGUGGUCUGUGGUUCAGCAAAUCAGGUAAAGACAGACGACCAAAAACUGUUGAUCGUACCGUUUUUACAAAGGUGCUCGGUAAGAAAAAGACCCCUGUUGCUAGUAAAAACCUAGUGGUUCCUGGUGGUCCUGCCUUGAGUCCUGCACCAGGUGACCAGUCUCAGUUGGUACUUAAAACAAAGAUUGUACCUGAGAAGUUGCAGUAUAUUGUCUCUAAAAACAUCACUGCUGCUAAUACAACUUUUGGAAGUCCUGCUGAACUUUUGUCACAAAAGCAAGAGUUAUUGGAUUCUUCUGACCCCCAAGAAUUGUCGCGACAGCAGGAUUCCAUGGAUUUUUCUCGACCUGAAGGAUUUCCACACAAGCAGGAACCCAUAUAUUUUUCUGGGUCUCAAAUAUUUCCACAAAAGCAGGAUUCCAUGGAUUCCUGUGGGCCUCCUAAAUUGUCUAAGAGUCAGGAGUCUGCAGGUUCUUUUGGAACUCAAGGUUUCUUAAAAAAGUUGGAGUUAGUUGAUUCUUUGGACUCCUGCAUAUUAUCUCAAAAGCAGGAGGCUAUGGGUUCUUUGAAACCUCUAAGAGUGUCACAAAAGCAAGAGUUGGUGGAGCCUUCUAAGCCUCGAGGAUUAUCUCAAAAGCAGGAGUCUGUAGCUUCUACAACAUCACAACUACCGUCACAGAAGGAAACAGUGGAUUCUUUUGGACCUCAAAGACCGUCACAAAAGCAGCUGUCUGUGACUUCUUCUGGAGCUCGAGAAUUGUUACAAACACAGAAAUCUGUAGAUACUUCUGAUCUUCGAGGACUGUUACAGAUGCAGAAGUCCAUUUCUUCUGGAUCUCGACGAUUGUCACAGAAGCUGGAGUCAGUGGAUUCUUUUAAACCUCAAGGAUUGUCACAGAAAGACAAAUCUGUGGAUUAUUCUGAUCUUCUAGUAUUGUCUAAAAAGCAGGAGUCAGUGGGUUCUUCUAAAUCUCAAGAAUUAUCACAGACAGAGAAGUCAAUUAAUUUGUUUGAUUCUCAAGGAUUGCCUAAAAAGCAGGACGAUUCUUCUAAACCUCUGGGAUUGUCAGAAAAGGAGAAGUCCAUGGAUUAUUUUCAUCCUCAAGGAUCGUUAAAAAAGCAGGAUUCAGUGUUUUUUACUAAACCUCGAGAAUUGACACAGACCGAGAAGUCCUUGAAUUCUUCUGAUCCUCGAGUAUUGUCUAAAAAGCAGGAGUCAGUGGAUUCUUCUAAACCUCAAAAAUUGUCACAGACAGAGAAGUCAAUUCACUUUUUUGAUUCUCAAGGAUUGUCUAAAAAGCAGGAGUCUGUGGAUUCUUCUAAACCUCGGAGAUUGUCACAGAAGGAAAAGUCCAUGGAUGAUUCUGACCCUCAAGGAUCGUCUAAAAAGCAGGAGUUAGUGGAUUCUAAACAUCGAAGAUUGUCAGAGAAGGACACGUCCAUGGAUUCUUUUUAUCCUCAGGGAUCGUUUAAAAAGCAGGAAUUAUUGGAUUCUACUAAACCUCAAGGAUUGUCACAGAAGGAGAAGUCUGUUAAUUCUUCUUAUCCUCGAGGAUUGUCUAAAAAGCAUGAGUCAGUGGAUUCUUCUAAACCUAGAAGAUUGUCACAGAAGGAGAAGUCCAUGGAUUAUUCUGAUCCUCAAGGUUCGUCUAAAAAGCAGAAGUCAUUGGAUUCUUCUAAACCUCUAGGAUUGUCACAGAAGGAGAAGUCCAUGAAUUCUUCUGAUCCUCAGGGACUAUCUAAAAAGCAGGGGUAUGUGGAUUCUUCUAAACCUCGGGGAUUGCUACAGAGGGAGAAGUCCAUGGAUGAUUCUGAUCCUCAAGGAUCAUCUAAAAAGCAGGAGUUAGUGGAUUCUACUAAACCUCUAGGGUUGUCAAAGAAUGGGAAGUCCAUGGACUAUUCUUAUCCUCAAGGACUGUCUAAAAAGCAGGAUUCAGUGGUUUCUACUAAACCUCGAGAAUUGACACAGACCGAGAAGUCCAUGAAUUCUUCUUGUCCUCGAGGGUUUUCUAAAAAUCAGGAGUCAGUGGUUUCUUCUAAACCUCGAGUAUUGACACAGACCGAUAAAUCUGUGAAUUCUUCUUAUCAUCAAGGAUUGUCUAAAAAGCAGGUGUCCGUGGAUUCUUCUAAACCUCAGGGAUUGUCACAGAGGGAGAAGUCCAUGGAUUAUUCUGAUCCUCAAGGAUCACCUAAAAAGCAGGAGUUAUUGGAUUCUUCUAAACCUCGAGGAUUGUCACAGAAGAAGAAGUCCAUGGAUUAUUCUGAUCCUCAAGGAUUGUCUAAACAUCAGGAGUCUGUGGAUUCUUCUAAACCUAGAAUAUUGUCACAGAAGGAGAAGUCCAUGGAUUUUUCUGAUCCUCAAGAAUUGUCUAAAAAGCAGGAGUCUGUGGAUUUUCCUAAACCUAGAAAAUUGCCACAGAAGGAGAAGUCCAUGGAUUAUUCUGAUCCUCAAGGAUUGUCUAAAAAGCAGGAGUCUGUGGAUUCUUCUAAACCUAGAAGAUUGUCACAGAAGGAGAAGUCCAUGGAUUUUUCUGAUUCUCGAGGAUCGUCUAAAAAGCAGAAGUCAUUGGAUUCUUCUAAACCUCUAGGAUUGUCACAGAUAGAGAAGUCCUUGAAUUCUUCUGAUCCUCAAGAAUUGUCUAAACAUCAGGAGUCUGUGGAUUCUUCUAUACCUAGAAUAUUGUCACAGAAGGAGAAGUCCAUGGAUUUUUCUGAUCCUCAAGAAUUGUCUAAAAAGCAGGAGUCUGUGGAUUUUCCUAAACCUAGAAAAUUGCCACAGAAGGAGAAGUCCAUGGAUUAUUCUGAUCCUCAAGGAUUGUCUAAAAAGCAGGAGUCUGUGGAUUCUUCUAAACCUAGAAGAUUGUCACAGAAGGAGAAGUCAAUGGAUUUUUCUGAUUCUCGAGGAUCGUCUAAAAAGCAGAAGUCAUUGGAUUCUUCUAAACCUCUAGGAUUGUCACAGACAGAGAAGUCCUUGAAUUCUUCUGAUCCUCAAGGAUUGUCUAAAAAGCAGGAGUCAGUGGAUUCUUCUAAGCCUCGAGAAUCGUCACAGACAGAGAAAUCCAUGAAUUCUUCCUAUCCUCGAGGAUUGUCUAAAAAGCAGGAGUCAGUGGAUUCUUCGAAACUGCUAGGAUUGUCACAGACAGAGAAGUCCAGGAAUUCUUCUGAUCCUCAAGAAUUGUCUAAAAAGCAGGAAUCUGUAGAUUCUUCUAAACCUCGGGCAUUGUCACAGAAGGAGAAGACCAUGGAUGAUUCUGAUCCUCAAGGAUCAUCAGAAAAGCAGGAGUUAGUCAAUUCUAUUAAACCUCUAGGAUUGUCAAAGAAAGAGAAGUCCAUGGACUAUUCUUAUCCACAAGUAUUGUCUAAAAAGCAGGAUUCAGUGGUUUCUUCUCAACCUCGAGAAUUGACACAAACCGAGAAGUCCAUGAAUUAUUCUUGUCCUCGAGGGUUUUCUAAAAAGCAGGAGUCAGUGGUUCCUUCUAAAACUCGAGUAUUGACACAGACCAAUAAGUCUGUGAAUUCUUCUUAUCCUCAAGGAUUGUCUAAAAAGCAGGUGUCCGUGGAUUCUUCUAAACCUCGAGGAUUGUCACAGAAGGAGAAGUCCAAGGAUUAUUCUGAUCCUCAAGGAUUGUCUAAAAAGCAGGAGUCAGUGGAUUCUUCUAAGCCUCGAGAAUCGUCACAGACGGAGAAAUCCAGGAAUUUUUAUUACCCUCAAGGAUUUUCUAAAAACCAGGAGUCAGUGGAUUCUUCUAAAGCUCGAGGAUUGUCACAGAAGCAGGAAUCUGUAGAUUCUUCGGAACCUCGAGGACUGGUACAGAAACAGCGACCUAUAAGUUUUUUGGAACCCAGGGUGUUAUUAAAAAAGCAGGAGUACAUGGCUUCUUUAACAUCCCAAGGUUUGUCACAGAAGCAGAUGUCUAUGGUUUCUUCUGAUCCUCAAGGAUUGUCUAAAAAGCAGGAGUCAGUGGCUUCUUCUAAAUUACGAGUAUUGUCACAGAAACAAGAAUUUGGAUCUCGAGGACUGUCAAAGGAGGAAGCGUCCAUAGAUUAUUCUGAAUCUAAUGGGUUUUCACAAAAUCAGGAGUCUGUGACUUCUUCUGGACCUCAAAAAUUGUCCCACAAGCAGAAGUCUGUGACCGGUUCUGAACUUCAAGGGCUGUCACAAAAGCUAGAGUGUGUGGAUUCUCACAGACCACCUGAGAAGGGUGACUGUUUAAGAGGUAGGCAGGUUAUCUCUGAUUUUACAGAUUCAAUUACUGGCAAACAGUCUAAUCCAACAAGUAAUGCACAUGUGAAAAAGACCAGCAAGAAGACCACUGACAAGAAUAACAGUCAAAAUGAACAUUGUAAAGUGAGGGCCAUUAAAAAGGUUGUUGUACCCAGUUCUAACCAGACAAAAGAAUCAACAGCUCAGCUGGCAAAAAUGGACCUUCAAAGAGCUCUGAUCUCCCAGUGUAAGAUGCCCUUUGUCAAAUUAAUUCGCAUAGACAUCAAGAGAAUCCUGAAUUCCAAGAUAACUAUUGGUCCCAAUGACCAGAUUUCAUACGCUAAAGGUAAAGAAACUUCAAAAGAGGCUGUUGCAGACCAAUCCUGUGAGUCGGAUGUAUUGGACAAAGUAGCAGAGGUUAAAGAAGAUAAAGUGGACAAAAGCACUUCCAGUGUAGACCGUUCAGAAUCAAAAACUAUGUUAGUGAAGGACUUGGAAGAAAUGGGGACGAUUGGUACGGCCAACAAAAUUUCUUCCGAACCUUCACAAAGCCCAAAGAAGCUAGAUACUUCUGUCUCAAUUGUGGCUCUUCUAUCCCCUCAGUUGGAGGGAGCUCUAGUAUCUGGCAGUGACCAGGGGCCCGAAGACCCAUCCUCUGAGACAACUGCCCUCCGAUUAAAGCCUGUCCAAGAGAAGUUGCCUGAAGUUACGCCACAAGAUCCACCUGCCCAUCUUCCAGCCAGUAAUGGGCUGAUGACGCGAGCUCUGAAGACCAUGAAAGUUCUGCAAAAGCAGAAACAUAGAAAAGCCAAGAGGAAAGCUGGGCACAAAGAUAUUUUACAUCAUAGCAAAAACCUGAUAGAGCCCUCUAAAAACACCACAAUUAUUUCAGAAAGCAAAUUAGACUUUAGCACCACCAAAGCAAAGUCCAAGUCUGAUCGUGAGGCUAAUGAUGAGGACACGGUUUCCAGCUGUAAUACACCGCCUUUGAUGUUCCAAGAUUCUGUUGGAGUCAAAAGUGAAGAGGAGGACCUUUCUCUUGCAUCGUCUCCAAUGGACUUCAUACCCCUUACUUCCAGCGUGAAGGCAAAAGAAUUGGAUCAGACAACUUUAUCUUCUCCACCCUCGCCAUUGUCUUUCGUGAGUACAUUGACAAAUGUUAAGGAGGUAUCUUUCCAGUCUUUGACAGAUAAGGCUAAUGGAAAAGCCCCCUCGUUCAAGCCAGACAUGAACUACAAAUUCAGCACUUUUCUCAUGAUGCUCAAAGAUGUGCAUGACACGCGGGAGCGAGAUGGUGCCCCUUUAGAACUGGAGAUUGGGCCACCAAGUGCACAUGUCAGGGAGGAGCCUUUGGUGAUGCCUGGCAUGGCUGCAGUUGUAGGCCUAGAUCGAGACAGGAAUGGUGAUCCAAGUUUUAGCCCGGGCAAACAAACAUAUUUGGAUGAGAGUCAUGUCUCAAAAGGACCUUCCAACAGAAGGAGCAGUUUCUCUUGGAUGAAGAAAAAAACUAACCGCAAAGUUCCUGGUCACUCUCAGAGGCCUGGACCCGGUUACCCGGGAGUAGGAUCCUUGCUAGGGAUGGACUUUUCCUCUGUACUGGAUUACUCCGCCAAGGUCCGGUCCCUGCUGGGUGAGCAGGCCUGCCAGUGGGAGGGUCAGGCUGGGAGCGAUGAGGGCAUGUUGAGGUGGAGCAGAGACUUCGGACAGAUGAACGACUUUGUUUCCGACCGCACAGAAGCCAAAUCUAGUUCCAGCUGCAACACUGGAGAAAGCGACGAUGCUUCAUCAGCACAUAAACGUAUUAGAAAACCAAGCAAGAGGCUUCUUGAAUGGACAGAAGAGUACGACCAGAUAUUCUCCUCGAGGAAGAAAAACAAAAAGCCUCUCCAGCCAUUUACAAUGGCCAACGAAGCACUUUUGCCCACGUCCGAAACGUCAGCACUGGAAAAGCACGCACUUGACCCCCCGUCCUUGAACGCACUUCCUGAGAUACAGACGCCCCCUCCGGAAGAAUUCACCCUCACCACGGAACUACAAGUUCCCAGCGCCGAAAACCCGUCUCGGCGGGAAGCACAGGUGCUUUCCAUCGACACUUUAACCCCGCCUCCCGAGGCCGAAGCUGAACCGCCGCUGUCUGAUAGCCCCGCCAAAGACGUCAGUGAGCCACAUGAUCCUUUGCUACAGAAGAAACGCAAGAGGAAACCCACUCCAAAGAUCCUGGAAUAUUGCCUUGAAUCGGAGGCCUCAGUGGGCCCUAAGAAGAAGGUCAAAACCGUGAAGAAUACUACUAGUCCUGUUCCUCAGGCCGCUCCUCCAGAUCUUGAUCCGCCAUCUUUGAAACUGAAAAGCAGGCAGCCCUCGUCGCCUUCGAGCCCGGAAGUCUCCACUUCUUCGCCCACUCCUUCCCUUUUGACACCAACCAGCACUCCAGUGGUACUGCCGCUACCUGAGCCAAUAGGGGCGGACCCUACAGCGGCAGACAUUGACGCUACUCAACUAGAAGACGCUAAAUACACUACAGAGUCCGAGGGUGAAGCCUCCAUGUUGGAUCAGAGCUUCUCCUCCACUAAAGACGACUCGUCGCUGUGUGAUGAUCCACUCGGGUCUGCCAGGAAGAUCAUCGGGGACAGAGGCGGCACUGCUUCCAUAAAGGAGAACGUGUGUCAGGUGUGUGAGAAGACCGGGGAGCUGCUGCUGUGUGAGGGUCAAUGCUGUGGAGCCUUUCACCUGGCCUGCAUCUCUCUGGCCGAGGCCCCUAAAGGAAAGUUUGUGUGCCCCGAGUGCAAAUCCGGUGUGCACACCUGCUUCGUGUGCAAGAAGCGCGGCGAGGACGUGCGCCGCUGCAUGAUCCCCAUCUGCGGCAAGUUCUACCACGGCGAGUGCAUCGCCGCCUUCGCCUCGACCGUGCCUGUCAACCGAGGCUUCCGCUGCUCCAUCCACGUCUGCCUCACCUGCUUUAUCGCCAACCCCACCAGUCCCUCCAUCUCCAAAGGUCAUCUCAUGCGCUGCGUGCGCUGCCCGAUCACAUACCAUGCCAACGACCUCUGCAUGGCGGCCGGCUGCGUGGUCCUAUCCAGCAACACCAUCAUCUGUCCCAACCACUUCGCGCCGCGGCGGGGUGUCAAGAACCACGAGCACGUCAACGUCAGCUGGUGUUUUGUUUGCACAGACGGGGGCAGUCUGUUGUGCUGCGAGUCCUGCCCCGCCGCCUUCCACCGCGAGUGUCUAAACAUUGAGAUGCCCAGAGGCAGCUGGUACUGCAACGACUGCAAGGCGGGGAAGAAACCUCACUACAAGGACAUCUUGUGGGUCAAGGUCGGACGCUACAGGUGGUGGCCUGCCGAGGUCAGCCAUCCCAAUACCAUCCCGGAGAACAUCCAGCGUAUGCGGCACGACGUGGGCGAGUUCCCCGUUCACUUCUUCGGCUCCAACGACUACCUGUGGACCUACCAGGCCCGAGUCUUUCCUUAUAUGGACGUGGACGCCAACAGCAAGGACAGGAUGGGAAAAGGUGUCGACGCCACCUACAGGAAAGCUCUGGAUGAUGCGGCGGUGCGAUUUCGCGAGCUUCAGGCCGAGAAAGAGCUUCUGCAGCUUCAGGAGGACAAAAAGAAUGACAGGAAGCCUCCGCCGUACAAACACAUCAAGGUGAAUCGACCAAUAGGAAAGGUUCAGAUCGUCACAGCCGACCUAUCAGAGAUUCCGCGCUGCAACUGCAAGGCCACUGACGAGAGCCCGUGCGGGAUGGACUCGGAGUGCAUCAACCGCAUGCUGCUGUACGAGUGUCACCCGCAGGUGUGCCCGGCGGGCGAGCGCUGCCUGAACCAGGCGUUCAGCAGGCGUCAGUACAGCCAGGUGGAGAUCUUAAGGACGCUGUCCCGGGGCUGGGGUCUCCGAUGCGUCCACGACAUCAAGAAGGGUCAGUUUGUGAGCGAGUACGUCGGGGAGGUGAUCGACGAGGAGGAGUGCAGGUGGAGGAUCAGACACGCCCAGGAACACGACAUAUGUAACUUCUACAUGCUGACUCUGGACAAGGACCGCAUCAUCGAUGCCGGGCCAAAAGGCAACGAGGCUCGCUUCAUGAACCACUGCUGCCAGCCCAACUGCGAGACCCAGAAGUGGACGGUGAGCGGAGACACGCGAGUGGGACUCUUCGCCCUGGUCGACGUCGCGGCGGGCACGGAACUCACCUUCAACUACAACCUGGAGUGUCUGGGCAACGGCAAGACGGUUUGUAAAUGCGGAGCGUCCAACUGCAGCGGCUUCCUCGGCGUCAGGCCAAAGAACAAUCCGCCAUCGGACGACAAAGGCCGCAAGCUGAAAAGGCGCAGUCACGGCAGGCGGAAGAAGAAGGUGGUGGUGACCAAAGAGAGGGAGGACGAGUGCUUCAGCUGCGGAGACGGUGGACAGAUGGUGUCCUGUAAGAAGCCCGGCUGUCCCAAAGUCUACCAUGCAGACUGUCUCAACCUCACCAGGAGACCAGCAGGACGCUGGGAGUGUCCUCGGCAUCAGUGCGACGUCUGCGGCAAGGAGGCGUCGUCCUUUUGCGAGAUGUGUCCGAACUCCUUCUGCGAGCGCCACCGCGAAGGUUUGCUCUUCGUAUCCAAGCUGGACGGGAAGUUGUCCUGCAGCGAGCACGACCCCUGCGGACCCGAGCCCUUGGAACCGGGGGAGAUCCGCGAGUACGACGCCCGGCCCGGGGGCUUGACGUCGGGCUUGGGAAUGGCCGUCAUCGCACCCUCCGAUCCGGGCGUCUCGGCGGGUGCCGGCCCCGCCCCCGGCAGGGUGCAGGAUAUCGGCGCCGCCCCUGCAGGCUCUGCCCCCGAGUCUUUUCCCGCCUUUUCCAUCCCGGUACCCAUCACCAUUCCUGUGUCCCCACCUGCCGCCUCACCUCCACCUGCCAGCUUCUUUCACCUCCCUCAGUACUCGCCAAUCUCCUCCUACGAGGAGGACAGGGACGUCCUGGAGGACGAAGAGGAGGAGGAGGAGCUAAUGGAGGAGGAAGAAGAACAGGACGAGGCGGAAGGAGAAGUGGGAAGGCAGGAGGAGGAGGAGGAGGAGGAGGAGGAAGAUGCAGCUUUGGAAUACCUUGAGAUCAGAGACGAUGAAGAUGAAGAUGAUGAUGACUGACGGAAGCUCGCCAGCAGGUGUGUUGACAUUAAAAUAACAAUAUAAUAAUAAUAAUAAUCUCUUCUGCUACUGUUUUACUGUCACCUUCAACUGUAAAAUACUUUCAUACGCAUGCGAACUCUUCAGUAUUACAAUACACGCCUCACCUGAUCCAGUACAAGAGCUCUCGAGUAUUUACUACAAAAUGCUUAAUUACUUCAAGAAGUAUUUGUUUGCCACAAGGUCGUGAGUUCAAACCCCGGCCGAGUCAUACCAAAGACUAUAAAAAUGGGACCCAUUACCUCCCUGCUUGGCACUCAGCAUCAAGGGUUGGAAUUGGGGGUUAAAUCACCAAAAUGAUUCCCGUGCGCGGCCACCGCUGCUGCUCACUGCUCCCCUCACCCCCCAGGGGGUGGAACAAGGGUGAUGGGUCAAAUGCAGAGAGUAAUAUCACCACACCUAGUGUGUUAUGUUAUUAUGUUUAUUUUAAGCUAGUGCCACGCCAACUGCUCGUGUUUUCCCCCCAGAGGACUGCAAUCUAUCUGUGGCAGGUCGUGGAAAUUGCACAAUUGGCCAUGACACUAAAUGUAGUCACUCGGUUGGCAACACCGCUCCUUCCCGCAACGUCUUCUUAUUCUCUGGCCUUGCAGGUGCUCUGUUGAAAGGCAGGCUUGCAGCCACAAGCUAGUCCCAUCAUAACGUGUUGCGAGCGAUGAAAUAAAAUAAGAGCGUGUGUAGGAAACACUUUCAAAUGUGUCUGAUAAUUGUGGAAUUGGUUAAAAGGUUGCCUACAGCCACGGCUGUUGUUGCUAAUGUUUUUUGUUUUUUUUUAACACUGGUAAUGAGUUAAUUUGCACUCAUUAAAAAGAGGCGUUAAUUGGUCUGCUGGGAUAGGCUCCACCUCGUCAGAUUAGUUAAUAUCAAAUAAUUUGUUAUGAUUACAUAUCAUUUAAUUUAUUUAAAUGUCCUAAUAUUUCAUGAGUUAAAUAUAUAAUCAUAGAUUCUGAUGGUGCUGUAGUAAUAUUGUGUAGCUAAGGUAGUCCAGCUCUUGUAUUGGAUCUUUAACGCGGAGGUUCGAUCAAACGUUGUUGUUUUAGUGCCGCGUCAUGACAACACAACAAGGGUCACAUGACCCGACUCGACGGACGCGUGUCGGAGUGAAAGCACUUGAUGUCAGAAUGCUGUUGACUCCGAAUAAACCUGUGGACUAAAAUCUUGGACAUUGAUGACCUCAUCAAUCAGGUUGGACGAGUCUUCAUUGGAGACCAACACUUUAGUGAGGAAGAAGAAGACGCCGCUCGAUGUAGGAACCGUCACCUCCGUCACUUCCUGAGUGAGUCCUCAUACUUUUGUUCCUCGAGCUCGAGGCUGAGGGACCUUUCCAGAAGAGAAAAAAAAAAAAAAAAGGAGAGAAGGUCUGCGGUCUUAACACUGAAAACGCGACUGCAGUCAUUUUAUUUAUGUUAUUACUGUAACCACGGCGAUUGGAAGUGUGUCCUGUGUCCUAAUAAGGUAUUACGUGUGUGUUUUAUCUUAAAGCCUUAAAGUGUCUUUUUUUCACCCCCCCCCCGGAGACAUUUUGAAGCCGACUGACUAAACUUUUUACGCCUCAUUGCUCCAUGUAAUUGGCACGCUCCCAUCAAAGAGAAGAACUAGGCUACAGUACACAUAAGUAUACAUAUAUACUAUAUAUGUAUAUAUAUAUACUUAAAUAUAUAUAUAUAGAGAGAAGAUGUUGUGAAAUAAGCACUUUGUACGGCCUUGUUUCUUUUUGUUGUCUUUGUUUCCCUCCCUGCUCCAACAUGAAGCCAAAUAAAAGUAGAACUUCUGCAAAUGGAAAAUUCCCAUUUUAAUAAUUGUGUGAAUGCUCCAAAGCAUUCACACAUACGGUUUUCUUUCAACUUCUUCUUCUUCUUCUUCAGAUUUUGGCGCGCUCUACUGUCCGCAUUUUUCACCCGAUUCAAACCGUUCCAACUUCAAACGGUUCAGCCUAUUCGGGAAUACCGGGCUUUCCCUUGACAAAUUCCAAAAAUUCCCAGAUUUCCCGGAAUUCCAGGUUUUCCAGGACAUUUUUCCCAGUCAAAAUGAAUUGGCCAUUUUUCAAACUUCCACCAUUUCCACAUUUUUCAACUGAUUCAAACCAUUCCAAAUUCAACGUAUUCCAGUCAUCCUGGACAGUCAAACUAUUAUUUUUCCAAGUUCAAAAAAAUUCCAGG